AGUUUAUUUGUGUUUGUGGUGAUAGCAAGGGUUUUCUCUGUUGCUGCGAAAGAAAAUUGGUCAAGUAGGUUGUUGGGCUGGUGCUGAAAAAGUGGCUUGCGAUUGCCUUUGACGUCUGCCCACAGCAGAUUUUAUGCGAUGGUUUUUUAAAGUGAUUGAGAUGUACAUAUGUUAAUGAAACGUAGAAAUGUCUCUGCCAUGAAGGCGUAUGGGGGAGUGCAGGUGUAGUUCCACACAUUUUAGCCUGGACGCUAGGUGGCGAUGUAUCCAGCAGUCUUCGCAGGCAAAGCACUUAGUAGCUCAUGAAUUGAGAAGUGAGGAGAAGAAGGGGGAUCAGAAAUCUACUCCUCAGCUGCUUGGAUGGAGGCAAUAUAUUUUUCCGGAAUAUCAGUGGACAUCUACUGACCCACAUGACUUUACAGUUGAGAAGACUGUACUCUUGAGAGUCACUGCUGUGAUAACCAAAAGUCCAACAGUUAGUUUCCCCACUGUGUAUGUCAUGGCUUCACAACAUAUACUGAGUGGCCCAGAGAUUUCAAUUACAGUACCAGAUAUAUCUGUUGGGAGGUAUCUGUACCAAAGUUUGGUGCGCCAUGGAAAUGCAGUAGCUAUGGUGGAUGCAGUAACAGGGGAGACCAGAACAUUUUCUGACAUCCUGACAAGAAGCCUCAGCGUAGCUGAAUGUCUUCGUGUACGAGGUGUAGCAAUUGGGGAUGUAGUAGCUAUCUGCAGUGAGAACAGUCUUGACUUUAUUGUACCAGUUUUGGCAACAUAUUACAUUGGUGCAAUAUGUGCCCCGAUGAAUCCAAACUAUACUGCUCAUAUGUUUGCAGAUGAAAUGCUUCAUGUUAUAAAUAUAUCUAAGCCACGUAUUAUAUUUUGCUCUGGAAAAGCACUGGCUUGUGUGGAUGAAGUUUCACGUCAUGUUGGAUUCCUGAAAGAAAUUGUAACUUUUGGAUUACCGAUGUCACAUAAACACACGCCAUUUGUUACUUUUCUGCGAGACAAAUCAUGCAGUUUUCAGCCAUUGGAUGAGCAUGAUAUGAAUCUUGUAGCUGCCAUUUUGUGCUCCAGUGGAACAACUGGACUGCCUAAGGGAGUGAUGCUUUCACAGAAGAACAUUAUUUCCUUGCUGGAAUAUGUGUCGGAACCCAGCAUUAACUUCAUUGACAAUAGAGAAGUAACUCUGGGGUUGACGCCUAUGUUUCAUGCAUAUGGAUUUAUGUUUAUGCUGUUGUUAGCUACAGCUGGGUCAAAGGUUGUAGUUAUGGAUAGAUUUGAAGAACACAUAUUUCUGAGAAGCAUUCAAAAUCACAAGAUUAAACAUUUGUUCUUGGUGCCUCCCCUUGUUGUAUUCUUGGCAAAAGCAGAAAUUGUGGAUAAAUAUGACUUAUCAAGUGUGCAACGUAUUUACUCUGGUGCUGCUCCUCUAAGUGAAGAAAUUGAGACACUUGUGAAAAAGAGGCUAGGAGUUGACUUAGUGAUUCAGGCCUAUGGCCUGACAGAAACAACGCUUGCUGUUAUUGGCCCAACAGAAAAUGAAAAUAAGAAAGGUACUGCUGGAACCUUGAGACCAGGAGUAACAUGCAAGGUUGUGGAUUUGGAAACGGGAAGAACCCUUGGACCCCAUAAAACGGGAGAAUUACGUUUCAAGGGUCCGUUUAUCAUGAAAGGUUACUAUGGCGAUCCACAAGCUACAGCAGCGAGCUUUGACUCUGAUGGUUUCCUUCUCACUGGAGAUGUGGGUUACUAUGAUGAAGAUGGUUUCUUUUAUAUAGUUGACAGGGCGAAAGAACUCAUCAAAUACAAAGGAUAUCAGGUUCCACCAGCUGAACUAGAAGCUGUGUUGCUAACCCAUCCAGCUGUUAAGGAUGCAGGAGUGGUUGGUAUUCCUGAUGAAGCAGCAGGUGAACUACCAUUAGCGUUCAUAGUGAAACAGCCUGGUGCAACGUUGACUAAAGAAGAAAUCAUUAAAUAUGUGGCAGAUCACGUAUCUCCACAGAAGAGGCUGCGUGGUGGAGUUUUGUUUGUUGAGUCUAUUCCUAAGACAUCGAGUGGAAAGAUCUUAAGAAGAGAACUGAGAAUUAUGUUAAAAUCCAAGAUGAGCAGGAUUGGAGAUGUAAUGGUUUUGACUGCAGUAUUGUUCAGGAUUAUUGCUAAGUACAAAGAGAUGGAGUGCCAGCUACACCAGCCAACCAAUCUAAAUGUUUCUGACUAUGUUAAGAAGAAUAUGAUGCUUGUUAAGAUGCACAGGACGUUUGACUGCAUGGAGUUGGCUGCUGUCCUGCUGGCCAGACGGAGUGGCAUAAAGCUGUGCAUGGAAAUGGGAUCCAAGAAUGUGUUGACUGGACCUAAACUCUUAUUUCCCAUACCAGAUGUCUCUCUUGGUAGAUACCUAUAUCAAUGCUUGAGCAGUCAUGGAGACAAAAUAGCUCAGGUGGAUGUGGUCACUGGAGAAACAAGAACAUAUGCCGAUGUCAUGUCUGCAUCCCUUAGUGUUGCUGACUUCCUUUAUUCAAGAGGAAUAAGAAGUGGAGAUGUGGUUGGAAUCUGUAGUGAAAAUAGUCUUGAUUUUAUCUUGCCAGUGAUAGGAACUUUGUUUGCUGGAGCAAUAUGUGCACCAUUGAACCCAAACUACACACUCCGUGAGUUGCAUCAUGCCAUGGACAUAUCGAAGCCGAAAAUUAUGUUUUGUUCUGAGCAACCUCUGGAGAAUAUAGACAAGAUUUUAUGUUCUGUAGGAUUUCUAAAGGACAUUGUUGUAUUUGGAUCACCAGUGUCUGACAAACACAUACCUUUCAGAAGUAUCUUGUGGAAUAACUCCAACAAUUUCCAGCCUUUUGAUGGUGAUUGUAAAGAUCUUGCAGCUGCCAUUUUAUGCUCAAGUGGAACCACUGGGUUGUCAAAAGGUGUAAUGCUAACACAUAGAAACAUUUUGUAUACAUUUAGAGUAAUGAGUGACUCCAGAUAUGGUGACAUGAGACCAAGUGACACGCUCCUUAUGUUACUACCAAUGUUUCAUGGUUAUAUGUUUUUUUGUCAGCUAAUAGCAAGUAUGGUUGGCGUGAAGGCUGUGGUCCUCAAUAAAUUUGAAGAACACGUGUUCUUAAGGACGAUUGAAAAGCAUAAGGUUACAUUGUUAUAUCUGGUGCCACUCAUUAUUGUGUUCUUGGCUAAAGCUGAUGUCGUGUCCAGAUAUGAUUUGUCAAGUGUGCGUGAUAUUUUGUGUGGAGCUGCACCACUGAAGCAGGAAGUUGAAUCCCUAGCUGCUGAAAGACUUGGAUUAUAUCAAAUCCGUCAAGGUUAUGGUUUAACAGAAGCCACUAUGGCACUUACAAUAUCACCAAAUAAUAAGAAGGAAAUGGGUUCUUCUGGGAUAUUGGUGCCACAGACUGAGGGCAAGGUAGUCAACAUGAAUACUGGCCAAAUUCUUGGACCAGGGGAAGCAGGAGAAGUCUGUUUCAGAGGUCCUGGUAUCAUGAAAGGCUACUGUGGUAAUCCACAAGCUACAGCAGCGUGCUUUGACUCUGAUGGUUUCCUUCUCACUGGAGAUGUGGGUUACUAUGAUGAAGAUGGUUUCUUUUAUAUAGUUGACAGGGUGAAGGAACUCAUCAAAUACAAAGGAUAUCAGGUACCACCAGCUGAACUUGAGGCUGUUUUGCUGACUCACUCUACAAUUAAAGAUGCUGCAGUUAUUGCAGUCCCAGAUCAUGAAGCUGGAGAAUUGCCCUUAGCUUUUGUAGUGAAACAGCCUGGGGCAAGAGUCACUAAGGAUGAAAUCAUUAAAUAUGUGGCAGAUCAAGUAUCACCACCCAAGAGGCUUCGUGGAGGAGUUAUAUUUAUUGAUUCCAUUCCAAAGACACCUAGUGGAAAGAUCUUGCGGAGGGAUCUGAAGAAACUGAUAAAAUCAAAUAUGUGAUAGCUACUGACAUCACAUGUUUAUUGAUUUAACAAAUAAUAUAAAAUAAUGUAGUGUGUUUCAGUUCCAGGAGAAAUAUUCCUAUGAUUUCAUAACCAGAGUAAAGUUAUAAUAGCUGAAAGUAAUGACAAAUUAAUAAGAAGAAGAGUUCUAUCUUCUGGGGUAUAACACCAUGUAGUCCUUUGAAACUUCACUGACGUUUCAGAGGAAUAUU